GAGGGAUACUGGAUCUGCCAGGGACACACAAUCUAGUGUGACAGCACCCGGUGUGCUGUGCUGCCCUGCUGUGUUACAAGUAAAGAAGUGCCAGGGGACGCUGGGACUUGCAGGAUUCUCCUUGUCCCAGGGAGUACAGGAUAGCCUGGAACAGGCAAAGACUGAACCCACAAAGCAGAGCACUGGACAAAGAACCCGUGCAGAGUGACAGAUGACACCGGGAUCUAUUGGAGCUUGUUGAUUUGUAGGAAAGGUACAUGACAGCCAGGACCUAGGAGCAAGAGAUCACCCUGGCUCACACACAGCACAAGAUUCAACCACACUGAUUCUGCUAGAUCCAUCACAUGUUUCCUGUGACCACCUAUCAAAUCAAAGAAGCGUGAUUGUGCCUUGGCUGACCUCUUUUACGUUUAUGACUUUCUCUCUGAACUGGGGAUAAUGGGUUCUAGAGCUAUGGCUUUCUGGUUUCUUUUGGUUACAGUGGCCCUUGUGUGCAUGGACGCCUCCCAUUCUACUAAAGAGGUGGAAAAACCUAAAAUCACUAAGUGUCGAUCGCCGCAACAAGAAACUUUUAUGUGCUAUUGGACCUAUGGAGACUUCCACAAUUUAUCAGCACCAGGCCUGUUAAAGCUUCAGUAUAUGAAAAAGGACAUGAAUUGGACAGAUUGCCCUGAUACCAUAACUUCUGGGGAAAACAGCUGUUAUUUCAAUACAACCUACACAUUUGUUUGGACUGCGUACUGCAUACAACUAAUACAUGAAAAGGAAGUUUUUGAUCAGGAGUGCUUUAGCAUUGAUGAAAUUGUGGAACCUGAUCCUCCGAUUGCUCUCAACUGGACUGUACUUAAUCUGAGCAUGACAAAACUCCGUAUGGACAUAAAGUUAACAUGGAGACCUCCCCCUACAGUAGAUAUUAAAUGGAUACGCCUGGAAUAUGAAGUCCAAACACAAGAAGUCAAUGAUACAACGUGGAAAAUUAUGGAUCCAGUUUUUACUAACUAUGUGCCAAUAUAUGCUUUGAAAGUAGAAAAGGAGCAUUAUGUUCGUGUAAGAUGUAAACAACAUUUAGCCAGAGCAUUUGGAGAAUUCAGUGAGAUAUUACACAUACCAGUUUUAUUUUUACAAGACAUGGACACAAAUACACCAUUGCUGUUUUUUAUUAUAAUUGCAAUAUUUGGGAUUUUGCUGGUGUUGAGUUUUAUUCUUUUCAUCAAAAAGAAAAGGUUGAAGAUCAUAAUUUUUCCUCCUGUUCCAGUUCCAAAGAUUAAAGGGAUUGACCCUGAUCUUUUGCAGAAAGGAAAACUGGAUGAAGUUAAUUUUAUACUGGCUUCCAAUAGCAAUAACAAGCCACAGUUGUACAGUGAUGACUGGGUUGAAUUUAUUGAGCUUGAUCUUGAUGAUCUAGAUGAUAAAACUGAAGGCUCAGAUACUGACCGCCUUCUGGGAGAGGAACAUCGGAAGUCACACAGUUGCUUAGGUGUUAAGGAUGAUGACUCUGGGCGUGCAAGCUGUUGUGAACCAGAUCUUCCAGAAACUGAUUUCAGUAACAGUGACACAUGUGAUGGUACCUCUGAUACAGGACAUGGUCAAACCAUAAAAGAAAACGAAGAUCUUUUGUGCCUUGAUGAAAAACCAAAUGACGGAUCGCCUACAAGUGCCAAUGAGCCAGCUAAAGAAGAUUUGAGCACACAGCUUGAAACCAGUAAAAAAUGGCAAUUGGUUGAUAAUAACAAUGAAGCGAGCCAGCCAGCCUUGACCCAGUUAAGCAAAUUAAGAUCAAAGCCCAGCAUGGACUUUUAUACUCUUGUAACUGACAUAACACCAGCAGGACGAGUUCUUCUUUCGCCGGGACAAAGAAUGAAGACUGAAAAUGAAGAAUGCAGUCAACCUGCUGUGGCUCAGCCUGCAAACCCAAUUGCUAAUAGCCCUUAUGUUUGUGAGUCAGCUGUGUCAGCGUUUUGUGCAAUGAGCUUGCCAAGAGAGGGUGAGCCAAAUAUGAAGCAGAGUAGUAAUGAUGAUAGCCACUUCACCACAGAAGGCCUUAUCACCACUGCCAUGAAUGUACACCCUGCAGACAAAGCUUCAAGCUGUGAGAUACCCGUCUCAGACUAUACCUCUGUUCACAUUAUAAACUCUCCGCAAAACCUUGUGCUUAAUGCUACUGUGAUGCCAGACAAAGGGUUUCUCGCGCCAUGUGGCUAUAUGACCCCAGAUCAAGUGAACAAAGCAAUGCCUUAGUCAUUUCUUUUUAUGUGAUGGUAUUUAAUGGCAUGGGCUUGUACGUUAAAACCAAAACAAUGUAUAAUUGUGUUUUGUGGUUUAUAUUGUAAGGCUUAAGCUAAUAUGUUUAAUGUAAGAACUUGCCAAAACGUAUAUCAAAUCAUUUCAUUUAUUAACAAUGUCAUAGAACCUUAGAUUAGCUGUGACUAGUUACUGUUAAGUAUUAUUUUUUUUGGAAGACUAUGUGUCAAAUGCCUUGUUGAUUUAAAACAGGGUUUACACGCUGUUAGAAAUGAAAGGAUUUUUGCAGGAAACACACAAUGGGGCCGAUUUUAUUAAAGUGCGCUGUCAGCAUUUAUCAUUGCACAAGCAUUUCACUAGAAAUGCUUGUGCAAUGCUGCCCCCUGCACAUAUGUGGCCACUAGCAGGGGGUGUCAAUCAACACGAUCGUAUCCGAACGGUCUGAUUGCUGUCCGCCGCCUCAGAGGUAGCAGACCGCUGCUUCUUAACUCCUGUUUCCAGCAAGCCUGAAGGCUUGCGCGGAAACAGAGAAAUUGGGGCCCAUACGGGGCUUGUUAAUAAUUGUCUUUGAAUGAAAAGGAUAGAAGGGAGUUUAGCAAGAAAUGUUUGAUUUGAGCUAUUAUAUUUUACUACCAAUAGAAUUGAUAUCAUGAUUUUACUACACUAUACUGCAUGCUGGGUAAGUGUAAAAAUAAUCUGAAGAUAGAAUUAUUGCAGUGUUAAUAUAUAUGCUUAAGUCACUGCAGAUGCCACAAAUAUAUACAAACAAUAAUGAAUACCUCCAAUUUAAUUACUGCACACUAAAUACCUGCAGUAUCUGCUUAUGCACUCACACUUUACAGAUCUCUACAUUUGCAUUAACUGACCUUUGAGUAAAAAGGAUAUAAUUGAAAUAAUUUGAGUUUGUAUAUCAAUAGAAUGAUGCAUAGAAUACAUAGAAUAUCCCUAUUGAAAUGUUCUUUGGUCCAUUUAUGUUUUAACUAAUAUAUUUUUUAAGUUAAUUCAUUUAAUAAUAUUUUUCUUUCUUGAAACCAUAAAGUUUUAGAGCCAACGUAAAAACGUGACAACACAUUUUAUUUCUGUGAUUCAGACUCCAUAAUUAAAUGAAAGGGAGCUUGAAAGGAGUUUAGGGUCUGUUUCCAUCCAUUAGAAGAGCUGGUUGAAGAUCUUUGCAUAUUUUUAACAUUGAAGGGUAACGAUACCCAAAUGUUGAACCACUUGAAAGUGAUGCAGCAUAGCUGUAAAAAGCUGACUAGAAAAUAUCACCUGAACAUCUCUAUGUAAAAAGAAAGAUAUUUUACCUCAAAAAUUCCUCAGUAGCCUCAUCCCAUUGUAAAGGACUUCUAAGCAGCAAAUCAGUAUGUCUGUCCGGGACAGCUAAGGGAGUGAGCUUACGUGCACACUCAUCUUAUUUCCCUAUUCAGUUAAAGGAAGUUUACUAUGAAAUCUCCUGAGAGUUAAGUCAAAUCUCAUGAGAUCACAGUAAAAGAGUUCAUGACCUCAGCACUGCUGAUGCUAAUUGGCUGCUGUUUAUUUCUUCAUUUUUUUUUUUUUUUUUACCUGCAGCUAAGCAGCAGCUGAAGUAUAACUUUUUACACAGAACUUACUCCUACUCUUCCUUUUUUACAUAGAGAUGCUCGGGAUAUUUUCCUGUCAUCUUUUCACAGUUAUACUGCAUCAGUUUCAAGUGAUUUAGCAUAUGAGUAUUAUGUCCCUUGAAGGCUAUUGCAAUCAUUACAGAGACAUGAAACUAUACAAUUUCCUUUUGUGAUUCAGAUAUAGUUUAUAAUUAUAAAAAAAAGAAUCUAAUUUACUUAUGUUAUCAAAUGGAAGCUCAGGAAUAUGGAUGUCUCUGGAGCUCUAUAUGACAGCUGUUUUGCAACAGUGCUUUUAAAAGGGCAUUAAAGGGACAGUCUACACCUGAAUUUGUAAUGUUUAAAAAGAUAGAUGAUAUCUUUAUUAACCAUUCCCCAUUUUUGUACAACCAACACUGUUAUAUUAAUAUACUUUUUACCUCUUUAAUUACCUUGGGGUCGAUCCGAUAAAAAUCGUCGCCCGCAAAAGUUGGCGAUGCCAAUAUUUGUGCGGGUUUGGUAUCCUAUAUACGGCGUAACCUAGAAGUUAUGCACGUAUAUUUCUGCCGUCGCCCGUAGUUUUUUGGGCCAUAGGCAGGUAUACCAAACCUGCGCAGUUUGGUAUCCAAUAUACAGCGUAAGGACUUACGUGGCGAAAAUGGAGAAAUCUUACUCCAUUUUCACCUUGCCACAAAAAGCAGCCGUAAGAAGCCUUACGCUGACUAUUGGAGCCCCGUAACUCCCUAAACUGGCUGCUAAAUAAACCUAACACCUAACGCAUGCGCAAUGUCUAUCUACCUGUCAACCGCGAUCCCCCGCCGCAAUCCCUAAUAAAGUAUUUAACCCCUAAACCGCCGCCAUCUACAUAAACUAACCCCCCACUGUGAGCCCCUAAAACCGCCACCAUCUAACUGAUCUAUCCCCUACUGUGAACCCCUUACACCGCCGCCAUCUACCUUAUCUAUCCCCUAAUCUGACCCCUUACACCGCUGCCACCUAUAUAAAAAUUAUUAACCCCAUAAUCUAAUCCCCCUAUACCGCCGCCAGCUAUAUUAAAAUUAUUAACCCCUAAUUUAAUAUACCUACCCCACCGCCAGCUAUAUUAUCUAUAUUAACCCUAAGUAUAUUAUAGUUAAUAUAGUUAUUACAUUAUAUAUAUUAACUAUAUUAACCCUAAUUAUAUUAGGGUUAAUAUAGUUAAUAUAGUUACUAUAGUAUUUAUAUUAACUAUAUUAACUCUAUCUAACCCUAACACCCCUAACUAAAUUCUUAUUAAAUAAAUCUAAUUCAUAUUAUAAACUAAAAUAUUCCUAUUUAAAUCUAAAUACUUACCUAUAAAAUAAACCCUAAGAUAGCUACAAUAUAAUUAAUAAUUACAUUGUAGCUAUGUUAGGGUUUAUAUUUAUUUUACAGGUAAAUUGUUAAUUACUUUAACUAGGUAUAAUAGCUAUUAAAUAGUUAUGAACUAUUUAAUAGCUACCUAGUUAAAAUAAUUACCAAAUUACCUGUAAAAUAAAUCCUAACCUAAGUUACAAAUACACCUACACUAACAAUAAAUUAAAUAAACGACAAAUAUCUAUCUAAAAAUACAAUUAAAUAAACUAAACUAAAUUACAAAAAAAAAAAAAACACUAAAUUACAAAAAAUAAAAAAAAGAUUACAAGAUUUUUAAGCUAAUUACACCUAUUCUAAGCCCCCUAAUAAAAUAAUAAAGCCCCCCAAAAUAAAAAAAAUUCCCUACCCUAUUCUAAAUUAAAAAAAGUUCAAAGCUCUUUUACCUUACCAGCCCUUAAAAGGGCCUUUUGUGGGGGCAUGCCCCAAAGAAAACUGCUCUUUUGCCUGAAAAAAAAAACACAAUACCACCCCCCAACGUUACAACCCACCACCCACAUACCCCUAAUCUAACCCAAACCCCCCUUAAAUAAACCUAACACUACCCCCCUGAAGAUCUCCCUACCUUAUCUUCACCACGCCAGGCAAAGAAGCCCUUUUAAGGGCUGGCAAAAGAGCUGUUACUUUGGGGCAAUGCCACGCAAAAAGCCCUUUUCAGGGCUAUUUGUAGGGUUAGACUUAGGUUUAGUGGUAGGGAUAGUUUAGUAUUUUAGGGGUUAAAUAAUUUAAUAUAGAUGGCGGCGGGGUAGGGGGAUUAGAUUAGGGGUUAAUAAUUUUAAAAUAGAUAGCGGCGGGGUAGGGGCUCACUUUAGGGGUUAGGUAAGGUAGAUGGCGGCGGUGUUAGGGGCUCACUUUAGGGGGUUAUAGAUUUAAUAUAGCUGGCGGGCUCCGGGAGUGGCGGUUUAGGGGUUAAUACAUAUUUUAUUGUUAGGAUAGUGAGGGGGGAUAGCGGAUAGAGGGUUAGACGUGUCGGGCUAUGUUAGGGAGGCAUGUUAGACAGUGCGGGUGAUUUAGACUUUAGUCAGGUUUUGUAGGCGCCGGCAGCUUCUAACGUGCCGUAAGUCACUGGCGAUGCCAGGAAUUUGUACUUGCGCAGAUUUCUGGACAUCGCUGGUUUAUCCGACUUACGGCACGUUAGCAUCUGACGGCGCCGUAUAUGGGAUAGCUCGAGUUGCGAGCUGAAACUGCGGGCAACGCGGGUUCCCUCGCUUGCACCGCAAACUACGAUCUAUAUCGGAUCGCACCCCUUGUAUCUAAGUCUCUGCACACUGCCCCUAAUCUAUGUUCUUUUGACAGACUUGCAUUUUAGCCAAUCAAUGCUGACUCCUAGGUAACUCAACGUGCGUGAGCACAAUGUUAUGUAUAUGGCUCACGUGAACUAAUGCCCUAUAGAUGUCAAAUGCAUUGAAAUAAGUCGGCCUUUAAGGGCUUAGAAAUUAACAUAUAAGCUUACUUAAGUUUAACUUUCAACUAAGAAUACAAAGAAAACAAAGCAAAAUUGAUGAUAAAAGAAAAUUUGAAAGUUGUUUAAAAUUGCAUGCCCUUUCUGAACCAUGAAAGUUUAAUUUUGACAUGACUGUCCCUUUAAUAAGUAUUUUAACUAUGUAUUUACUGUAAAUAUUUCACAUUCCAAUGUUUUGUACAUAGCAGAAUAUUUUCUCUGUGUUUAUAUAUAGAUAUUCCUAUAUAUGUAUUUGUAUAUAUCUAUACCUUUAUAUAAGCAUAUAUAUAUAUAUAUAUAUAGUACCAAAAUACCAUCAGAUAUAUGUAGAAAUAUUUAUUUGUGAAUAAAUAGAACAUAUACUUGUAUGUGAAAAACAUUGGGAUGUGAAAUAUUCAUAUUGUCAUGAGUUAGCGCACAUGAGAAUAUCCAAUCGGGUUUGCGCACGAGUAGGAUACGUGCACACAAUAUUCUAAGUUCUUACUUACUAAACUCAAGCAUUAAUUAGCGAUCCACUUGUAAUCUCGCCCUUAGUGUUUAAUGUGUCUUAAAAAUGUUAUACACUCGAGUUACAAAAUUAGAUGCCAUGUUUUUCUUUUUUGCUUUAAUGUAGGUGUGUAGAAACCUACAUAAACAAUCCCUCAAAAAGCCUGAGAAAAAUAUUGUAUAGUUUUUUUCAUGUUUACCCAAUCUGGGUGUUAGAAAUCAGAUUUUUCUGUUACAUUUUGACACAUAAUUCAGGUGUCUUAAAUUAUUAUGACAGCCUUCUAAUGGAUUGGAUUGCCUUAGAAAAGGAAGUAAAAGGAACAUAAAGGUGCGAUAAUAAAAUGUGUUGGAGCAUUUGGUUAUUGCACUGUUUCUUGAACUGAGAAGUUUAGUUGUACAUAGUUGAGAAACUGCAUUGUACUUUCAUAAUUUAUUUUUCCUGCUUCUCAUGUAAUUUAGCUCUUAAAGUUGCUGUGGUUCCCUCUUCCAGAAAAACUGAAGUGCAUUUUAUGGAAUGCAGAACCCUCACUUUUGUAAAUGUAGUUGAUAAAUGAUGGUGCCUAAAUACAUUUUUUACAUUAAGUCGGCCCUGGACUACUAGUCAGAAGAUGAGCAUAGCCACUGUGCCGCUCUGGGAUGGCAUAUGUGCAUAGCCAUAUGAUGUUUACUUUAACUAUGUAUUUAAUUCCCUUUUGCAGAGGUAAAACACAUAGCUCUGUAUAAGUAAUAUGCCAAUGAUCAAAUGCUGUAGCACCAUUAAGCAUCUUAUUAUUGCUCCUUUAUGUACUUUUAAAUAUUUCAUGCCGCAAACUAAUGUAAUGGAGCAGAAGUUAGGAAAAUGCAUUUAAUAAAGUCAGUGUCUGGUUUUCAGACUCUGUUUAUUUGUUAACAUUCAAUGAUGAUUUCAUUUAUUAGGAAGAAAAACGUUUAAAAAGUAUUGGUAAACCUUGCUGGGUAUAGUCAGAAAAAGAAAAUCUUUAUAAUAUAUCGCAUGUAUAAUGUGUAUUGGGUAGUAAUCUUGUUGAGUCAGACCCUAAAUACCUUUGAUCAAAUCAUAUCUAUAAAAUAUGUGGGUUACAAAGGCACUUUUUAAAAUAACAAAUGUUUUCAUUUGUUUUAUUUUUAAAUAAUUUGUGAUAAAAAUUAAAUAUCUAUGAUUCACAGUUUGCUCACCUUUACAUUAAAAUAUUUAUGAAUUAACAGUUUUCAAUAGGGAAAUUAAAAUAAAAUAUAUAAUUUUAUGUAUCUUUUGCCCAUCAUAUAUAAAAAUGAAACUUCAAACAAAAGAGCUCAUUUAUUAUGAAAUAUAUAAUAUCAUAAUUUGAAGAGGAUUGUAUAGACUGGGCACAGCGCCAAAUAAUUAUUUUUGAUACAGUAUAUUUGAUAAUAACUACAUUUAACAUUUGAAAAGUUUUCAUCUCAAUUUUAGAGACUGUGAUAAAAUAGGCCUUGUUUUUUUGUGUUUUUUUUUUUGUAUAUGAAUAAUUACAUUAUAUUGGAUAUGCAGAAUAUGUGUAUUUUUAAAGAAGCAUUUACGCAGGGAAAAACAAUAGUAAAAGUGUUAUUAAGCUCUAUGUUUUUUACAGAUUAAAAUAAAUAUAAGGCGCUUUACCUUUCCUGCUAGUUUAGGGAUGGUUUUUAAAAUGUGAUUUUGAAGAAAUGUAUAAUCUAGAUGCUGUCUACACUUGCAUUUUUAUUUUAGGUUAAUACUAUGGCACAAACAAAUACGUAUACACUAUAAUAGCGGAUAUUCCAUACAAUGUGGACAUGCCAUCUAAUAUUUAGAGAUUAGUAUACAAUUCUUGCCUGUUAGGUAAUAAUAAUGGUAAAUAGCUAUUAACUUGCUGCUAAUUUGUGUCUUACAACUAUAUCAUUAUGUAUUAGACAGGCUGGACACUAACGGGUCUAUUCAAAAGAAGUUUCAUCCCAAUUAUUUCAUAUUUUUGUGACAUUUUACAGGUUAAAAAUGUUUAAUAGAACAAAUAUAACAUUUUUAAACUGUGAUAUUUCAGAAUGUUUACUUGUAUCAUUUGAAUAUAAAAUGUAUUAUUUGAUUUAAUAUCAGCAUUAGCAUUCAGAUGUUAGUUUUGAUAGUUAAAUUAUUCUUCUUUUCAGCUCAUAAACACUAUUAAAGUAAAGUAAAACAACAAAUUACAGAAACCAUUGCAUUUUUUUUUAAAUUUCUAAACACCUCUAAAAUAUUGUGACCCAUUUAUUAGACUAAAAUAAAACAAAACAAUGUUAGAUUAACUAAUUUUCAGUGUAUUAAAGGAACAGUAAAUACCUUAAAAUUUGUAUAUAAAAUAGUUUGUUAUGUAUAAUGAAAAAGCUCUGCAAUAUAUUUUCAUUAUUUAUUUUAUUCCUUUUUCAUUUAGCCAUGAAAAUGGAGCAUGUUCUAAUUCUUAGAACUUGAAAUGCACCCUGCUGACUUCUCAAGGCUAACCCUGCUACAUAUAUGUUCCUAAUUGGCUUUAUCAGUUAACAACUACAAAACAAUGCAUUUUAUACUAACUUUAUAGCAGUGGCUUGCCUUGAUUUCUGUUGACUAAAGCCCAGAUUGUCUCUUCCAAAUAAGGAAAAUGCUGGGUAACUAUUGAAAAAUAAUUGCAGUAAAAAGGAUGUUAAUUUGUUUUAAAAAUGUUUAGACUUGGCUGAUAUCUUAUUCCAUACCAACACAGCAGACAUGUCUUUUAUUUACAAGGUGUUUACUGUCCCUUUAACUUAAACGGACAUGGUACUCUAUAUUUUUAUCAUGGGCAUAUAAAGGGGCAGUAAGCGUAAAAAUUAAUGUUACAUAAUUCUGCACUAUUAUAUAUACAAACAGGUAUUUUUUUAUUAGAUUUUUAUGAAUUUAAACAGCUGCAAUUCCACAUUUUUCAUUAUUUUUUAAUGUUAAUUUGAUUCUGCUCCUAAAGCAUUAUAUCUGUUUAAUUUUCCUUUUAAAACAAACACCUAAUAAAUCUCAUAUAACUUAUAAAAAGCAAAAAAAUAUUUAUAUUUAAAUAAUAAAAAGCACCCACACUUUAGUUUAAUUAUUAGCCAAAUAUAUUGCCCAGAAUGUAAUUUAUUGUGAAUUGUUUUAUAUUUUUAUUUUAUUUUUUUUAAUUUUAAAGAUAGAUAUAAUUUGCUUUAUUGAAAUGCAACAUAAAAAAAGAAUAAGAAAAAAAAAUUAAUUUGUAUUUAAUAUUGCAUUAUAACCCAUUGUGCCUAAAUAUAAUUAUACUGGUUCUAAAAUAUAUUAUUACUAAAACAAACAUUUUAAUGUUUAGAUAAAAUGAGGAUUUCUAUUGAAUAGACCCACAGAGAAAUUAUAUGUUUUAUAUAAAAGAAAAGACUUAAAUGCUAUUAUCUAAGAAAGUUUUAUAGCCAAAAAUAGAUAAAUACCUCAAUCAAUUUCAGAAUGUCAGUUUGGUACUUUUCUGGUUAAUGAAGCCAUUUUAAGCCGUUAUGAUGUGUCUUUCAAAAUAUAUUUAACUUUCAUUACAGUUAUGUCUGUGUUAUUUCUUUUUUCUUUUAAACUUAAAUAAAUUUAUUUUCUUGGAA